AAAGGUUGAGAACAUAUGUUUGUGUAACACUCCCUUUUUAACACACACGAAAGGUAUCAUCGCGGAUCCCGACUCCACGCGAUACUCCAAAAUCAACAUGCCCGAUGAUGCAAAAGGACCCUUCGUGGGUGCUAUUGACGAAGGAACAAGUAGCGCGAGGUUUUUGGUGUUCGAUGUAUUACACAGAAAGGUAGUUGCUUCGCAUCAAAUUGAAAUCAAACAGAAAUAUCCUCAAGAAGGAUGGGUGGAACAAGAUCCAAAAGAAAUAUUGCAAGCGGUCGUAGAGUGUAUAAAAGUAACUGUGAAAAAAAUGAAAGACAUUGGUUUGACGGUCUCGGACAUUAAAGCCGUCGGUAUCACCAAUCAGAGAGAAACAACGGUGGUUUGGGACAAGGAGACCGGAGAGCCAUUGCAUAAUGCAAUCGUAUGGCAUGAUAUGAGGACAACUACUACCAUAGAAAAUGUGUUAGACAAUAUUCCGAAUAAAGCCAGGAACAAGAAUUAUUUGAAACCGUUAUGCGGUUUACCGAUGUCUCCUUAUUUUAGCGCACUCAAGAUUCGCUGGUUGAUCGAUAACGUUCCUCGUGUGAAACAAGCGGUAAACGUAGAGAAAUGCGCUUUCGGAACAAUCGACACCUGGCUCAUUUGGAACCUUACAAAGGGCCAGUUGCACAUUACGGAUGUGUCGAAUGCAUCACGAACGAUGCUAAUGAACAUCGAAACGUUGAAAUGGGAUCCUUUGUUAUGCCGUUUCUUCGAUAUUCCGCAACAUAUUCUCCCUGAAAUACGCUCUAGCGCGGAGGUUUACGGUUGCAUUUCAGAUCCUGAAAUUCUUGCAGGCAUACCUAUAGCAGGUUGUGUAGGUGAUCAACAGGGAGCUCUUCUUGGUCAGUUAUGUUUAAAACCUGGUCAGGCGAAGGCCACAUAUGGCACAGGAUGUUUUUUGCUUUACAAUACUGGAAACGUGAAAGUCGACUCGACGCAUGGUUUGAUAACUACUGUUGCUUACAAAAUUGCUCGAUCACCGGCUGUUUAUGCUCUCGAAGGAUCUGUUGCUGUUGCCGGAGCUGCUCUAUCUUGGCUGCGAGAUAACAUGCAGCUUUUCAGCAAUAUAUCGCACAUGCAAGAUAUGGCGGAGCGUGUGAGAUGUUCAGGCGAUGUAUACUUUGUGCCAGCCUUUUCAGGAUUGUACGCACCUUAUUGGCAACAAGAUGCGCGCGGAGUGAUUUGCGGCAUUACCGAGGACACUCAACAAUAUCACAUAAUAAGAGCAGCGUUAGAAGCAGUCUGUUUCCAAACGAGAGAUAUAUUAGAGGCAAUGGUGAAAGAUUCGGGAACGACACUGACCACUCUGCAAGUUGACGGUGGUAUGACGGUAAAUAAUUUGCUGAUGCAAUUACAGGCGGACUUGAUAGGAAUAACUGUUGUGAGACCGAAUAUGAUUGAAACAACGGCAUUAGGUGCUGCCAUUCUGGCUGGCAUUGGUGUAGGCUUGAUUGACAUAAAUGAUGUGGAUGCAUCUCAAAUAACUAAAUUCUCACCCUCGAUUGGUGACAAUGAGAGAGACCUCAGAUAUUCAAAGUGGAAAAUGGCUGUUGAAAGAUCCAUGAAGUGGGAUUGUGCCACAACGUUAUCAGAUAAUUAAAAAACUUGUACAUGCAGUCGAAUGUUGUUAAAGUAAAAUUUUCGAGAUAGGACGUAACUGAUAUUGUGAAAAUUCAAAAAAAAAAAAAAAUAUUUUCAUACAUGUCACAAGAUUUUAUUUUUUCUUUCUGCGCAUGUGCGAUCACAUGCGUGACAAGUAUAUGAUAGUGGAGUGUGGCAGCACGAGAGAAGUAAACUUUGCUGAAAGGAAUUUUUUCAUUUCAGCGAACUGUAUACAUAUCUCGCAAUGCCAAUUAUAAGAUAAUUAUCUGUGACACACAAAAUAUAGACGUUAUUUCUGAUAUAUUUUUACAAUGUU